AUGUUUCUAUCUCGCUACCAACAAUGUCCACAAAUGAGCAGCAACAGUUUCAUCCUAAGUAGGAAUUCAUGUAAGAAGAUCAUCCUUCUGAGAAACGGGAACUUGGAAUUUCCCGGUAGUUACAUGAUCGUCAGUGAAAAGAAAUAUCCCAAUUUCAACAACUUCCUCGUCGAUUUGAACACCCUACGGAUCAGCAAACUUCCUGACUCCAGGGCGAAUGGGAAGAUUGGGACGAAGUAUAUAUUUACGGUAUCUGGUUGCCGAGUGAACUCCAUCAACCAAAUUAAAAAUGGCGAGGCAUACGUCUGCUGCGCAUCAAACAUAUUCGCCAGGCUGGAUUACGAAGUUGUCAUCAAGAAAAAGUUGGACGAUCCUGGAUUCUGUGACUCAUGCCUAAAUGAAGUGAUGUUGACAGUUUUACUGCGGAAUUGUUUUGGAAUGAAAUUGCAGUUUAAGGUUCCAUCAACACUGAACCGCAAUCAAAUCUUCGACACUCCCUUCCAAACGAAUCCGAAACCUCAGAAAACACCGCCCUUCUUGCAGGAAUACUAUAAUCACCAACCUCAACAGAAGCAACAGGAACCAAGCAAACAGCUGCAGCUGCAGGCAAAGACAACAGCAGCAGUAGCAGCGACAGAGGACGCCAAUUUGAAGAUCGUUGUCUCCAUUCUGACAUCCACAAAGAAGCCGAGAACUGUUGGCUGUACGGCGUACGACAUGAAGUUCAUCACCUCCAUCAAUCAAGUCGUUAAAUUGAUUGCGCACUCUCUAAACAUCAACUGCACAAUGAUCAAAGAAAUGUUCACCACCGAUGGCAAACCGGUGAUGAACCUGGAUUGUUUGAAAGAUGAUGUUAACUUGGUGGUGGUUUCCGUUACCAAACUGCUUGGGAAGAACCAGUUUGAAUACACCGGCAGAGAAGUUCAGACAAUUUGUUCCGCGAUAGCAAAAUGCAGUCGAAUCGUUGCAGCCCCUUUGAGGGCCACCAUGAAGACGUUAGCCCCCUCGAACGCUCCUGUCGUCAACAGCGCUGAAUACGUAGAUAAUCAUUCGUGUGGCAGUAAGGAUAAUGACGGAACCCCAUAUAACUGGGUUGAGCUGAAGUACAACAAGCUUUUGGUAACGGAGAAAGCAGAAAAAAUGGUGAACGGCAACAUUAGUACAACACUUCAAAAGACAUCCUCCAACCCAAAUAAUUCAAUCUCCGAAAAAGAAAAUAUGAAAUUCUGA